AUGAUUAAGAUUGGUGGAAAUAAUUAUAUCUUCCUAAUAACCAUCUUAUAAUUAAAUCAUAUUCUUGAUAUAAUUAAAAAUAUAUUAUAGAGUUAACUAAAAGUGGUGAUUAAAUAAUUUCUGAUGAUUAAGAUUAAAUUAAAAUUGAAGAAAUUAAUGAUGAGAGUGAAGAUAAAAAUGGAUAUAACAUUAAAGAAGCUGAAAGAUUAUUUAAAGAAGGUAUGACAAAUUGAUUUAUAAAUUAGAAGUGGCAUUAGAUGAUUUGAAAAAAUAUUAAGAAGCCAUUGAAUGUUAAGACAAAGCAAUUUCCAUAAAUCUUAAAAAUGAUAAUGCGUGGUUUAUCAAAGGUAAUUAAUUGUUUAACAUUAUUUUUUAGGAUAUUCAUUUCAUUUCAUUUAAGAUUGUACCAAAUUUAAAUAAAUAUUAAGGAGCCAUUGAAUGUUACGACAAAGCAAUUUGCAUAAAUCUUAAGUAUGAUAUGGCGUGGAAUAACAAAGGUAAAUUAUAUUAUAAUUCAGGUUAUGCCUUACACCAAUUAUAGAAAUACCCUGAUGCAAUAUUAUGUUACGAUUAAGCUCUUUCUAUUAAUAUUAAUCUCUAAAACUAUAACGAAAAGUUAAUUAAAACUUAAAUUUAUAUUUAGCUGAUUCACUAUUUGAAUUAAGGUAGAAAUCAGAAACCAAACAGUUAUAUUUGGCUGCAUUGGAAAACGGAUCAAAUGACACAAAUUAUAUUUAGAAAUAACUAUCAAAGUUAUGAAGCAUUAUUAUACAUAUCAUAUAAUAAUAUCAAAUAUGUUAUACUAAUCAACUGUCCCUUUUUAUAUUGCAAGGAUUUUCUAAUUUUUAUAACAUAUUAUAAACUGACAAAUUAAAGUUUAUAAAAUUUAUUAAAUUUAUUUACAGUUUAAGCAGAAAAGAAUAUUUUUGCUUGA